GGGCCGACCGGCAACGUGUGUAGGUAGUGUUCACGCUCUCGCGUUUAUCCUCACGGUUUAUUUCGAUACAUUCGGCCGAGUUACACGGGGAGACGAAACACGGGAUAUAAACCUCGUUGGAAUCCUGCUCGUUCUCGAGGGAAGAAAGAAAAGAAAAGAGGUGUUUCCAAAGAAAGUGUAUUUUUCACGAAGUGAACAGCGAAGAGAUAAAUACAAGAGAGAAUACACAAAUAAUUUGGUAAGGAAUAUUUUUUCGAAAAAGAAUCACAAGGGGAUCGACAAUAAUAAAAUCGAUACGUGAAAUAGAAGAAAGGAAAUGGAAGCCACCGAGUGGAACGUAACCGAGGAAAGCGACAAAAAUAGUCGAAAUGGAUGCUCGAAAGAAAUAAUGAAGACAACGUUUGAGAAUUAAAGAAGAGAACAGAAAUCUUUGAAAAAGCAGCUUCGUGAAACGUACGAGAAUAUUUCCUGUAAAAAAAGCAGACGUUUGAUAAAUUAUGUAAAAGAAAGUUUUGACGAGAUUUAGCUACGUGCUAAAUAUAUCGUAAAUCCAAAAACGAUAAAUUAGAUCAAUCUGUUAAGAUUUAACACAAAUAUGAAAAAUUUUGGAAAACGUUGAAAGAUGAAAAAAUAUCGCUCUCUAUAAAAUAUUAAAUAAAUUUAAGAUUCGUAUAUAAAUGUAAAAAAUAAAUUUUAAUAUCAAGUAUCGAGAAUAUUCUUCGAUAAUUGAAGAAACGACAAAUUUAAUUGGACAGUCGUGCACUCGUAAUAAAAGUAACAUUUCCUCAAAUAUUUGUUCCUGUUGAAACGAGCUUUGACCCGCGCUUUUAAAAACGCAAUAUGGCAGAACUUUAAUUUCGACAUUUAAUCCGACAAAGGAAGAGGAAGAAGGCUGCCGAAUAGAAAUUUCUAGAAUUCGAAGGCGAACUGGACGAAAUGGCGAGUCGAAUGAAAGCUUUAUACAACCAGGUUAUAUUCGAGAGGCGAAUCCUUCUCGGUUGCACGGUCCUCGUGGGUCUGUCGGUGUGCAUAUGGUCGGUCGCCAUUGGAACCGAUCAUUGGUUCACGAUCGAAGCCCCGGAUAAGAACGGUUUACCAAUCGGUGACCCCGCCAAAGGAAGAAGAUUAAUCUACAAGAAUAUGGGUCUCUGGAGAGGCUGUGUUCAAGGGAUAGCACCUGAAUCUGAAAACUCCACCAAGUUGAUCCCCUUCGAGGAGUGCAAGAACCAGGAUAUGUUCCCGACCGAGAAACAGUUCAAAUUGAAUCCGGGAUUAAAUACAGUAGUCAAUUAUUCGAGGACACAGGUAUCGUUCGCGUUAAUCAGCCUGUUCGUGAUGGUGAUGGGCUUUUUCUUCUCCAUCUACACGUUCCGCAACCCACGAUACAUGUUCAAGCGAUUGGCCGGUGGAAUACAUUUCAUUAGCGCCGCGUGCAACAUGGUGGUGAUACAAGUUCUCCUCUCCUCGAUCGAGUUCGAGAGCAAACACGUGCACACAACGUUCCCAAAGGAUGCUAUCCUCAAGUACAAUUUCUCGUUGAUCCUCGCGUGGAUCGUGUUCCUGUGCAACCUUCUCGCCGGAUGCGCCUUCAUGCUGUUCUCCAGGAAGCGGAAGAGGGACAAGGCGCCCACCGAGGAGAUCGCGAUGGCCGACGAGCCGACCAUCAUCGGCCGUUGAUCUUUUUUUAAUUAUUAAAACGAUUACCUUAUCGAACAAUCAUCAAUCGCGAGAGAAUAUUUUUGUGAUCGAGUGGAAUGUAAUGAUUUAAAAAAGACUCGAUUCUGUGUCGUAUAGGAAUCGUUUCCAAGACUCGUCUCGAGCGAUUAACUUUCGAUGAUCGAAGCUAAAAAAAAAAGAAAAGAAGAGAAAAUAGAAAGAAAAGAGAUGCUUCGAGACGAUAGAUGGCUCGAGCUUUUCGCGUGCAUUUUGCGAUCGUUGCGAAUGAAAAGUUGAAUAUCGUGGUGCAUUUGAAUGGUACGUAUGGUUUAAUGAUUUUCGAAAUGAGAAUACAUAACGAUGAAUUAUUUUCCCUUCAAAACUCAAACUUUCGAUUUAAAUUCUAUCUUCGAAUAGGAUAUGAUUAUAUCAUAUCGUAUACAAAAAGGAGUAAUACUCUUGUGCUUUAUUUUUCAAUAAAUAAUUGUUGAAAUACGAAUGAACAGAGAGUUUUUUUCUCACGCUCAAACGUGUAUCAACUUGGUUUUUGUAUUGCGUAUUGUUUGCGUGGGUUCGGACGAAUGAAUCAUCAAUUAAAAGUUGAAUACAAAGGAUGCACCUCGAUAUCCAAUUAUCCUCUAACUGGUUCCAACAAUACACUCGUGGUUGAACAUUGCAUAAUAAUUUAACUAACUGAUAAUCACUAUUCUUACAACCUAUUUUUGUAUCACGAAGUUUGAAAUACCUUAUUGAACCCGGGACCAUCCGAAGAUUAGUCGAAAAAUCUCUCUCGUGGCGAAAUCAAUUUUGCAUAAAUAUUCUAAAAAAAAAAAAAAAAAGCUUUUUGUGUAAGUUGAUUCAAUGUCGUGUUUAAGAAAUAUCGUACAGUAUAUAAUAUCGUACAAUCAAACCAAAAUCUAUAUAUACCUAUAUCACGUUUAUAUUUUAUACCGUAUUUUUCUACCCUCUUCGAUAACUUCGUCUUCGAAUUUAAAAAAAAAAAAAAAGAAAAAAAAAGAAUAUAUAAUAUUCCGAAUUAUUUUUUACUAAUCGAUAAACGACAAUUUUUUAAUGAAAAAAAAUAUUUAUCUAAAUACACUUAUUAGGAUACACUUAUUACACUAAAUAGGAUACAAUGUUACAUAGGUAUAGAAAUUUCGAAACGAAACUGGCACUUUACAUAUUAUAUUGCUAUUAGGGCGUAUAUCAAGUUGAGAAAUUAUUCUGCAACGUUAUACGUCGCGAGCGAGAAUCUACGCUAAUUAAAAUAAGGAAACAAUGUUCAACUUGGAAACUUGACGAACCAGUAAUUGCGGCGAGUGAAGUGGAAUUAUCUCGAGAUAUUCUCGAGAAUGCUAGAGUUUCCAUCCCCGAUAGGAUGGAAUUGUGUCAUUUGUGAUUGAAACAUUUUUAAUGAACGAUCGAUCGUUAGUAGAUAAUUAAUUUUAUGAAAAUACUCAACGAACGGAUGAACGUUUGUCCAGAACUUUGUACAGAUUCAUAAUUUAUAUCACAGUUUAAACAAGAGUUUAAACAAAAACAAAUUUAUUUUAAAUUGUUUAAAUCGAAUUUUGAUCGAAUUUUUCUUAAUUUCUUUUUUCUUUUUUUUAAAUAAAAGGUAUUGAAAGGGUGCAAAAGAGAUGAAAGAUCUCGACAAAGUCUCUAUUAAAAUGAUUCUAGUCAUGAAAAAUUUUAUGUUUUGUACCGAUUGUGCAAUGACGAAACGACCGGAAUGAAGAUUAUUUUCGAAUCGAGAAUCUGUUUAAUAUCAAAAUAUAUCGUGCCACUUCGAGAGUGAUUAUUUAUUAUUAAGUCCAAUAUGCUAGUCGAUAAAGAUGUAACGAUCAUAAACGUACAACGUUUCACAUUAAUUUAGGAUUAUAAUUAUAAUCCUCGUUUAAACAAAGUUCAAAGACACGAAUUGUGUGUAUCGUCGUUGUGUGAUCGAUUUAAAAAAAAAAAAAGUACUUACUUCGCCUAUAUGUAAAUAAUUUCACAAUCCAAUCUUUUACUCAAUCUUUAAGAAUAUCUGAGAAUGGUGCAAGCUGUAAGUAUGAAAGAAUAAAUUGUCUUUGUAUUUAUGAAUAGCACAUAUAUAUAUAUAUAUAUAUAUAUAUACGUAUAAAUGUUUCCAACGUACAUUUUUUUUUUGAAACAGGAUAUAUCCAGGUUUCUUGCACCAUUCUCGUUUUCAUAGCGUACGAUUACAGGAAGUUUCGUCGACUUUCUCGUAAGAAUCGAGAUUUUUACGACGACGAGGAGUCGUCGUCUUAUUUAGAAGUUAUAAUCACGAGGAUAUUCGUGAGAAAAUAUUAAUCGUUUUUAUAAUAAAUUCGUCUACACAAAAGGCAAAUCUAUAAGCUAUUUGUAUAAUUUGUACUCUUAUCUACGCACUUUGUAGUUGCUUGAGUUUCGAGUUUGUUUUCCUUCGUAUCAAAAAUUAUGUGAAUCAAUGUUCGUUGAUCGAAAUUAUUUUUAAUUUAUUGUGAUGAGAAAAAAAAAACAAUGGGGAAGAACUUCGUACGAAUUGCGAAAUAUAUAAACGCGAGAUGAACGAAAUAUUAAAGAAUUUUUAAUUAAACGUAAAAAAAAAAAAUGAGAUUUCAUCGAUUUACUUUGAUUAUUUUAUAAAAAUAUAUAUUAGUAUAAUAAUUGCAUCGAUUAGUGAACAUUGAUCCCGUUGAAUAAAGUGCAGAAAAAAAAAAAUAUCCGAUUGAAAGUUCCUUCGCCUUUUGCUUGUUCAAUAUAAGCGGCUGCCCAUGUAUUCUGAUAAAAGACAUCUACUUUAUACACGUGUACAUGACAUGAGAAUAAAUGUAAUUGUUCUUUUCCACGAUCGAAAUAAAGGGUAUUCACAAGUACCAAUAAAA